AUGGACAACAUGGUAGAUUCUCUGAACAAUGCAUAUGAUCAGGAGUUUGUUGUUGCAGUAGCUAAUGUACUUGAAGCCAAGGAGGUUUUUGGUGCUCAGAAAACAGCAGCCACAGAUGCUGCUCUAGAAAAUUUUAAGCAGAGGUGGGAGUUGUUCAGAGUGGCUUGUGACCAAGCGGAGGAGUUUGUGGAGUCUGUGAAGCAAAGGAUAGGAUCAGAGUGCCUCGUGGAUGAAGCAACUGGCUCACUGGCUGGGAAGCCUGGGCAAGCUGCUACUACUGGUCUUCCACCCAUUAGUGCAGUCCGGUUGGAACAGAUGCGUAAGGCUGUCGGAUGGCUUGUGAUUGAACUAUAACAUGGUUCUGGAACUGGUGCUUCCCAUUCCCAUCCUCCUGCUCAUUUUGAUGCUAGGUUCUCUGAAGAUGCAGCUCAAUAGAGAGUGCUGGGGAAAUAAACACUAUCAAAGCACAUGGGGGAAGCAUGGCCUGGGGAUUUUAUUUUCCGGUGAUCUGUUCUGCAAAGACUGAGGAUAUAAGGGUGCACCAUUAAGGCUCUUUUAUAUACAGUUGCCGACAAUUUUAUCGUAGA